AUGAAUCUCCCAGAGACUUUAUUAAGUUCAUUAUCAAUAAAAUCUGAUAAUAAUGAACCAUCUAUACCUUUAUUACCAACACAAACACCACUUCCUAGUAAUAUGGGUGUUAUACAUGAUAAACCUAUUACUGAUUUGGCUUUAAAAACGCCAAUAAGUUUUCUUCAAGAAAUAUGUUUUCGUAUUCAUGCAACUCCAACUUAUAGUUUAUGUCCUAGUGAAGCACAAUGUACAUCAAGUGAACCUACAUUCCUCUAUCGAGUUCUUGUCGAUGAUAUGAUUGCAUUUGGCAAAGGCUCAAGUAAAAAACGUGCAAAACAUAAAGCAGCAUGGGUUAUGAUUGAACAAUGUUAUGCGAAAUUAAAAUUAGCUAGUGAUCCAUUAAUUAAAACUAUUGAACAAUAUUUUUUAUUAAAACCACUACAGACUAGUCAUACUAAUGAUGAUUCAAUAACAAAUGGUGAAAAAAGUAAUCCCAUAGGUAAACUUCAAGAAUUAACACAAAAGAAUUGGAUUCGACCACCUGAAUAUGAAUUUUCUGAUCAAGAGAAUGUUUCUACACCAAAUACAAAAAUGUAUUCAUGUCAUGCGAAAGUAGCGACAUAUAUUGCAGAAGGUACUGGCCUAUCAAAGAAAAUAGCUAAACGUCAAGCAGCUACCAAUCUUCUUAAUAUCUUAGAAAAUCUUGGACCUGAAGAAAAAAAAGCUUUACUUAAUCGUGCUGAAGGUCAGAAUGAUUCGGAACAAUCACAUUCAAAAUUUCGUCGAUCACGACGUAAACCUAAUGAUCCAAAUUUACUUGAUACAAGUGGUUUACGUGGUACAGGAUCAGCUCGAUCAAAUCGUGUGUAUGAUAAAACAUCAUUUCAAUUAUUGAAAAAUAGUGAUUUACCUUAUAUUAACAAAUUACUUUCGGAUGAUUAUCAUGAAGAAUCUACACAACCCUAUCAAAUGUUUGAAUCUCUUGCACAAGAACAAAAUUUUACAUUUGAAUUUAUUCAAUUACCAACAAUUGAUGAAGGAUCAAUUCAAUUAUUACUUGAAGUUCGCCUUACUCCUGUUUCUGUUUUUCAUGGUUAUGGUAAAACAUUAGAAUUAGCUCGACAACAUUCAACGAAUUUAGCAUUGAAAUAUAUUCGAUGUCUUUCUAAACAACAACAACAACAACAACAUUCAUCAUCUAUAAUCACGACUACACCAUUAAUGCAAUCGACCGCAUAG